ACUGCAGUUCCCUUCAGUGCAUGCCUUCCUUUCCAUGUGUCUGUGCCUUAUAGCACUUUGUGCCUGCAUUCUCUCAGUGCGUUGCCUUGGAUGUUAUAAUAUGAAUGCUUCCUAGCAGCAGCAUACCAGAUCACUACACACAGUCUGUCACAUUAGACAUCUUUCAGUGGAUGUGCAGACCAGAGCUGGAAAUCUUGCUCAACUACCCUGACUUAUCCUGGUUUCCUUAGACUCCGAGGUUCUGUCAUGUUGACCCGUGGAAUAUGCCAGUCUCCUGGUCCCUAUGUCCACCCUUCCAUCCUCUUCUUCAUCAUCCUGCUUCUUGGAGCCCAGGCUGAAGAUGAUAACAUCAAGCAAAGCCCCAUUCCUACAAUUACAUUGGAAUUGCUCCCAGUGGAACAGGGCAGCAACAGAAUUGGAAGGGAAAAUUCCAACCUCAAGGACACAGGAUCACAAAGUGCCCCUCAUUCUGGAGAAGAACUCUUUGACUCAGAAAGGGAAGGUUUGAUCCAUAGGGAGGUAUCUCAAGCUCCCAGCUCCACUCCAGACUUUGCUGAUAAUCAAACAUUACCAACUCGGAAAAAACCUCCAUCCUUAAAGCAGUUAAACAUUGCAAGGAAGCGCUUGAGGCCAGUAAUGCCAACUGCCUUGGAAAGACUAGUGGAGGCUCGUCCCAGUGUUUUAUCAUCACCAUUAUCAUCCUUAGAAAAGUCCCCUGUUUUAAAGGAUAUUUCUUCUGAAACAAGGGCGGUAAAGGAACACAUCCCAGAGUUUCCAUUGUGGAUAAACAGAAGGCGACAUAGUGGAUUCAUCCCUCAAAUACCUUUCCAGUUGUCUCCAUACACAGCACAACCAUCAAACACACACAGUCUGGAUUCUGUAAAGUUGUCCUCAACUGAUAUCAACACUUCAGUACAAGCAGAUGAGCCCUAUAGGACACAUCAUGGGGACAAUGAUAUGGUCGCAGAUGAAAGUCAAGAUACUACUACUUCCACUAUAAUAACCACCACCGUGAUCACAACUGAGCAAAGUCCAGUUCAAUGCAGUGUGAACUUCUGGGAACCGGAAGGAUACAUUGAUUCAACAGAUUAUCCUCCACUUCCUUUGAAAAAUUUCCUGGAAUGUACAUACAAUAUCACAGUCUACAUGGGUUAUGGAGUGGAGUUGCAGGUUAAAAGUGUAAACCUAUCUGAAGGAGAGCACCUUUCUAUUCGAGGUAUAAGUGAGGAGGGUCUUGUGGUCUUGGCAAAUGAAACUCUUCUGGUUGAAGGUCAAGUGAUCCGAAGCCCAACCAAUAGCCUCUCAGUUUACUUCAAAACAUUCCAAGAUGAUACAAUCGGAACCUUUCAGCUGCAUUAUCAAAUUUUUAUGUUAAGCUGCAGUUUUCCUCGAAGACCAGAUUACGGUGAAGUUACUGUCAUGAAUCUACAUGCUGGAGGAACAGCCCAUUUUCAUUGUAAUAUGGGAUACGAGUUGGAAGGGUCAAGAAAUCUGACUUGCAUCAAUGCUUCAAAACCACGAUGGAGCGAUAAAGAGCCUGUCUGUAUAGCUCCUUGUGGAGGAAGAGUGCAAAAUGCCACAGUUGGAAGAGUUUUAUCCCCAAAUUUUCCAAGUAACUAUAGCAACAAUCUCUUUUGUGCAUGGACAAUAGAUGCUCCAGGAGGACAGAAAUUACACCUGCAUUUUGAGAAGUUCAUUUUGACUGAAAAAGACAGAUUGGCAGUGUACAGCAGCGGGAAGAUUCUCUUUGAUUCUGUAAAAACAGAAACUGUGCCGUUUGAAGGUCUGAUUAGUGAAGGGUCUUGCAUUAGGAUUGAAUUCUCUACAGAUGAGUCCAAAACAGCUCCAGGGUUCAAUAUUCGCUUUGAAGCCUUUGAGAGAGGACACUGCUAUGAACCCUAUAUCCAGAAUGGAAACUUCACAACAACAGACCCCACAUACAGUAUGGGAACCGUGGUGGAGUUUUCUUGUGACCCUGGCCACUCUUUAGAACAAGGACCAGCUAUUAUAGAGUGUAUUAAUAUGAAGGACCCUUACUGGAAUGACACAGAGCCUCUCUGUAGAGCAAUGUGUGGUGGUGAGCUGUCUACCCCUGCAGGAGUUAUACUGUCACCAAACUGGCCUGAUCUAUAUACAGAAGGCGAAGACUGUAUAUGGCGAAUCCAUGUGGGAGAUGAUAGAAGAAUAUUCCUUGAUAUUCAGUUAUUAAAUUUGAGUAACAAUGACAUCCUAACUAUUUAUGAUGGAGAUGAGAUUACAUCAAAGAUCUUAGGACAGUUUUUUGGAAGCAGUGGUCCUCAAAAGCUCUACUCAUCCUCUCCUGACCUCUCCAUUCAGUUUCACUCAGAUCCAGCUGGACUGAUCUUUGGAAAGGGGCAAGGUUUUAUCUUAAAUUACAUAGAAGUGUCAAGAAACGAUUCGUGUUCAGACCUUCCUGAAAUUCAAAAUGGAUGGAAAACAACAUCUCACACAGAUCUUGUCAGAGGAGCAAAAAUUACUUACCAGUGUGACCCAGGAUAUGACAUUGUGGGAAGUGAAACCUUAACCUGCCAGUGGGAUCUAAGCUGGAGCAGCGACCCCCCCUUUUGUGAAAAAAUCAUGUACUGCACAGAUCCUGGAGAGGUGGAACAGUCCACACGUCUUAUUUCAGAUCCAGUCCUAUUGGUGGGAACCACAAUCCAGUAUACAUGCAACACAGGCUUUGUUCUUGAAGGAAGUUCUCUUCUUACAUGCUACAGUCGGGAGACAGGGACUCCCAUCUGGACUUCAAGAAUCCCACACUGUGUUUCUGAAGAGUCUCUUGCCUGUGAUAACCCUGGCCUACCGGAAAAUGGCUACCAAAUACUCUACAAAAGGCUCUAUCUCCCUAGAGAGUCCCUCACAUUUAUGUGCUAUGAAGGGUAUGAAUUAAUGGGAGAAGUCACAAUUAAAUGUAUCCUAGGUCAGCCAUCCCAAUGGAGUGGACCACUUCCAGUAUGCAAAGCAACACAAGACAGAUUUGAACACGCAUUACAAGUGGCAGAAGCAGCAGCAGAAACUUCCUUGGAAGGCGGGAACAUGGCAUUAGCAAUAUUCAUCCCAGUAGUGAUAAUUUCUCUGCUUCUUGGUGGAGCUUACAUUUACAUAACAAGAUGCAGAUAUUAUUCCAGCCUUCGCCUUCCUCUUAUGUAUUCUCAUCCAUACAGCCAGAUUACAGUAGAGACAGAGUUUGACAAUCCAAUAUAUGAGACUGGGGAAACAAGAGAAUAUGAAGUUUCAAUCUAAAAGCUGCGGUUUCAUAGGAAAUCAAGCACCGGAUACCUUCUAUCAAGAUGCCAGUUCUGCAACAUGACAGAACUUCUCAGUGCUUAAUCCAGAGACUAUGUGGAGUUAAAAAGAACCUUUUAGUAUUUUAGUUGUAUUUCCUUUUGACUAUUUCUUGAAGAUUUCCAUCUCUGUAUUUAUAACAUUUCCAUUUAGGAGACUAGAUGUGUUUUAGGAAACACUGUUAUGUUGCAGGGUACAAGAAAACCAUGUCAGAACAAGGACAGCGAAUGCUCCCAGGAUUAAUCUAACACAGUUAAUAUAGCCAAACUGCAGUGGUAAUAAAGUGAUAACCUUCAGCUUCUCAGGAUUUGCUUCAAGUCUUGAGCAUUUCAAUACUAGCUUAUUUUGUGCUAUAGAACUAACCGGCAAAAGAUUAGCAAAUGUCUAUGGCGCCUUUUAUGCACUUUAUAGUAUUGCACAUGAAAGAAAAAUUAUUGGAUUGUGUUGGAGACCAAUAAGGAGACAUUUUACAACUUUUUUCAUGGAAAACCCAGAAAAAACACCACAAAAACUAAGAUGUAAUUAAGCAUAUAAUGGAGCGCAAAAAGUAGCAGAAGAAAACUGGGGCUGUCACAAAAUGUGUAAAUUGAUACAGGAAAAGCAGUUUAACAGCUGCUGAACCCUGUAAAACUGUAUUUUAUGUGAUACAUCUAUCAUUAUUGCAGUGGUUUACAUCCAAACAGCAAUACACCAUUGUUCUAAUGAUCCAAAGUGCUUUAUUGUAUCAGUUUGCUUCUUAUAAAAAGUCUUGGCAAUAGGGAACAGAAUAAGGCACUCCUGCUCAAGUCCAGAUUCAUGGGUUGCAUUUUUUUUUAAUCACUCUGGUAUCUGUUUUUAUUUUAUACAGUCUGGAGUAGGCCUGUUGUGAUAUCUGUGAGUUAUUUCUUAGAUGUAAAACAAUUUUCUAGAGUCCAUGGGAAGGACUGGACAGGUUGGCCAAUCUUUGUAAUUAUAUAACAUAUGACCAUACUAACAAACCCAAAUGAAAAACAAUUCAAACUAAUGGUAAUACUACUAACGGUAGUAACCCAAAUCACAUAACUGUGAGGCCAGGAUUUGCAAGGAGCUAUUUUUUUUUAACUUUUUUUUAAUUUUAAACUUAUAGUUCUUUUGCUCCUUUUAAAAGCUUGGCACUAGGAAAUACAAAAACUAUCACUGGUGAAAUCCAGAAGCAUUAGGGCCUUUGCACAUGGAGGAAAUUCUGGAUUUUCUCAGCAGAUCCGCACUGCCUAGAUUCGGAGGUAAUUUUGAGCGGAAUUUGGUGCCAAAAAUAACCCCUGAAAUUCAAAGUCCCAUUUGGAGUUACCAAUGAGUGUUAGCCAAUAAUCUGUACGUUUUUUUUUUUAUUACUUGAUAUACAGUUAAUGUAUUUGGCUUAACCACAAACUGUUAGUAAGUUUCCCUAGAAAGCUUAUCAUACAACCAGGCAUAUAAUUAGUUUAAAUUCCAAAUCUGGGUUGGAAAAAAUCUCUGGGCUGAAUAAAAUAAUUUAUCUUAUAUUCUGCCAUGGCAUUGCUAUUAAACCGUUGAGCUCUGCAGUAUUUUCUUAUCCUGGUCUUCUCUACAUUGUAUGUAUUAUACAAAGAAUAUUUUAAAUUCAGUCCUUUCAUCGUAUGAGGCAUUGCACUAAAGUAUGCACAAAGCCAUUACUUAAAGUGUAACUCUGAUGUUUGCCCAGCAGUAGGAUAGCUGAUAAAAACGUUUGUCAACUUUAUAGGACAAGACAAAAGAAAAAACAGGAUAUAAAUUUGCCCCAAGUCCCAUAGACCUGCAUGAGACUUCUGGCAUAUCUAUAUCCUGAUCAUCAAAGUUACGCUUUAACAUGGUAGUCACCAGGUAAAGAACAUAUAUACUCCAUCACAUGAAUACUGUUACUUUUAUAUGUGCUUGAAUAAAGACAAUAAACAAUCUGUACCCACUUGGUCCAAUUUCUCGCUCCUGCUGCUAUUUUGGUGCCAGGUUCAACUGCUUAGCCCACCCAGGCAAUCACUGGCCACAGAGGUGACCCGUCUGAGCCAGAGAUUGGCUGACUGAGCACUUUAUUGUGUUGAAACAAAGAACAAAAAGUACUCAGCGGCAGGACUGUUGGGUUUGUGGAAGGUGAGUACACAUAUUUUAUUGUUUUUACCACAGGCUGAGCACAUAUAAAUGUAAAAGAACUAUCCGGAAAACCCCUUGAACAGAAUAUUAUUCGAGAAAUUUAUUGAGAAAUAUGUUCCUUUACAUGAGGUGUUAAACUGGAUGAUUGAACCUAUAAAAUAUUGUUAUUAAUCAUAGGUGACCAUUUCUAACCAACCCCAUGACAAUCAAAUACCAGCUUCUAACUACUUAUUUUACUACAUAUACAGCAACAAUAUAGAAAAGUAGACUGCAUAUUGAGCCUAUCUCAAUGCAACCAUUUACUAUGGAAUUUAGCAGAGGACUAACUGACAUGACUAAUGUUAAAUCAAAGGAGGUAUCCCAAGUUAUUGCCCAAUCACAGGAGAGGCGAUAACUAGUUGGUCAGAGAUGGUCCAACCACUGGGACUACAACCUAUCACAAGAACUGAGGUCUUGAUGCUGAGUGAAUGGAACAGUAGUGCUCAUGCUUGGCCUUCACUUUAUUCACUCUAUAUGUGGCCUCCAAAGGCAAGCCACAUACUGUAUAUACCUGGCUAUUUUUAGAAGUCCUUUAAAGAAUGAAUGGAGCAGUGAUCAAGCAUAUGUGCUGCCUCUCCAUUUACUCACUAGACAAGGCCCUACCGUUCUCCUGAUUGGUGGGAGUCCCAAUAAGCAGACUCUGACCAACAAGCUAGUAGAUGGCCCGUGGAUAGAUGAUAACUUUUUAUUUUGGGAUACUUGCUUUAAGUGUCUUUCAUACUGUUGGUAACUAUACAGACAACUUUAUUUCUUUUAAAUGACUUUAGCUUUUUUUGUAUACUUUACUUUUUUGUAACUUUAGAAUGUGACAAGUGUUUGUUUUUCAUAAAAGGAUUAAGGAAGAAAACAGGAUAAGACUGAAAUAUGUAACUUUAAAGAUGUUUCUGCCAUCCAAACCCAAUACAUUACAGCUGUUGUUUGGAAGUUCUGCAAAAGUUCUUUAUCAAUGCCAUGUGUAAUCCCAGGACCAUUUCAGUGAUGGUGAUUGUGUUACUGUCAACCUGACCCUCCUCUACCGAGCCGUGUUUUGUGGGAAAAAGACCUUUUAGGUGUCUUUUUUAUUCUGUAUUUUUAUCGAUAUGGUACGGAAUGUGGAAAAAAGGACUUUUGAAAAGGAUAGCUAGAGAUGUGACUACUAAUCCCUGCAUGGAAAUAUCUACUGCCCAUGAGUGAGACUGGAAAGGACUACUAACUCUUAUUGGAUGGCAAUGUGUUUACUUUGUCAGAUUCUAUCUUAGCCAUUUGGAAACUACCGCAAAUAUUUUAAUAGUUUACGUUUGUUUUGAAAAAUAAAAUGCAUACGACUUAUACCUGGAAUAUUUAAAAUUUAAUAAAAAAGACGAAUGUG